CUUUCAUGCGAUUUCAAAUCAUUCAGACAGUGCUCGUACAAUGGCGUUAAGAAUUUUGUGUCUCCUCAGCCUUUUGGCAUUCUCUCAAGCCAGGCUCCUGCCACUUUUUGAUCCCAAAAUCGUAAAUGGAGAAAAUGCUAAAGUAGGCGAGAUUCCGUAUCAGGUUUCUCUUCAAUACACAGAGUUUUCCUUUCACUUUUGUGGCGGCUCAAUCCUGAACGAUAAUUAUGUCAUCACGGCAGCUCACUGUGCUGAAGCAAUAGGGUCAAAUAAUGUAAAAGUUAUCGCUGGCACUAUCAAUUUAAUUAAUCCAAAAUCAGAGCAUAACGUCAUAAAAAUCAUUAUACACGAAGAAUAUGAUUCUCUUAAUUCUUGGAUUAACGAUAUAGCUUUAUUGCAGGUCGAAACUCCUUUCAUAACAUCUAAGACCAUCGGGCAUGUUCCUUUGCCACCAAAAGGUUUUAAUGUUAAAGCCAAUGAUGUAGCCAUUGUGUCGGGAUGGGGCAGACUCUGGCAAGGAGGACCAACCACUGUUAGACUACAACGAGCUAACAUCUUAAUCGCUGAUCACAUCUACUGUGAAUACAUGUACAAUAACAUGAGCUACAACAUUUAUCCCACGCAAGUUUGCGCAUAUGAUUCAUCAAUCGAAAAAGGAUCGUGUCACGGUGACUCUGGUGGCCCAUUGACUGUUGGAGGAAAACUCAUUGGAUUGGUAUCCUGGGCAAAUGGUUGCGCCAACACGUUCUACCCCACUGUAUACACGAGUGUCGUCAAUUACUUGGAUUGGAUUACAGCUAACACAGCCUAAACUAGUCCAAAUUUUGCGUCUAUCAAUGAUUCAUACUCUCUCCUUCAUUAUGUAUAAUUUUUUAAUUUUCGAUUCUUAAAAUCCAGGAAAGAAGGACGUUUUUUUAAUGUAAAAGCCGAUAACGAUGUGACAUAGGGUUGUACAUAAUAAGUGCCCUCAAAAUUCUGUACACAUUUUUGACGAAAUAAAUUAAUUCUUUUCACAAGAAAA